UGUUUGUUUUGUUUUGUCACCAACAAUCUAUCCAUAAUACUUCAGAGGCCAAAAUAUCGCCAGAACAAGGCUUCGGGAACCUCUUACCUUUCUUAAUCGUGCAAAUUUUCUGUGGUUUACCUUGUUUUGUGAAUGAAAUUACCAAAAAAAAAAAAAAAAAAUCUCAUUUUUAUGGCCUGGAUUUUACCUCGCCAGAACAGAGCUCUGCACCUUGGUUAGGGCUGCUGAAGGAGGCAGUGUAUUUGUUACUCUGAAAAGAAAGGGCACUUCAGCCCUUGUAGAGAUUAUUGGUGAUGAUACAAUUUCUUAACGAUUUCUAAUGGUGCAGAGAUUUCUCAGAAAAUUAUUGUUGGUGCUUAAUGAUUUUAGUUAAAUUAUUGGGGAAUAGGAAAUGAUUACCAAUUUUGGAGGAACUAAUUUCUGGGAUGCUCUGUUAGUGUUGAUUGAUCACACUAGCAUUUCAAAGCUUACCUAGAUGUACAAAUCACCAGUAAGUUUGUUCCAAUAUUGUGUAAAACAGUAAGUUAGAAUAAAGUCAGAGGGGAUUGUACAGAGAAAAGGGUACAAUGUAGAAGGAAGGCACCAAGCACAAGCAAUACAAGAGCAUUGGGCAAAGGGACCUUUUCAUGGAACCUGCAAAUGAAAUGUGUCAACAAGAGCCUCUACCCCAAGUUGAGGUUGAACCCAUUGUUAAGAAAUCACAACGGGGUGGCAACUUCAAUGUGUACGAAGACAAUUUGCUUGUGACGGCGUGGAUUAAUAUUAAUAUUACCUUGAAUGUGGUGCAAGGAAAUGAGCAAAAACACAAGAAAUACUGGAAUAGAAUUUGGGAAUACUUUCACGAGCACAAGACCUUUACAUCUGAACGUUCUCCGAACUCAUUAAUGAAUCGAUGGUCAACGAUUCAACUUGCGGUAAUUAAAUUUUGUGGUUAUUUAGCCCAAGUUGAAUCAGAGCAACCAAGUGGUGUGACCGAGCAAGACAAGAUUUGCAAGGCAAAGCUUAUGUAUCAUGAAUUCCAAUCAACAACAUUCCACUUUGAACAUUGUUGGAAUGUGUUGAGGUUUCAUCCAAAAUGGAUGGCGCAUAUGCAAAGUGCCAAACUGAGGAAAAGAUCAGUUUUGACUUCUUCUCCCUGUACUCCGGAUCCGAUAAAUCAAGGGGAAGACGAGGUCCCGCAUGAAACGUUUGUAGACUUGGAGCAACCAAUAGGCUGGAAAGCCGAAAAUGAAAAACAAAAAAAGAAGGAAAGAACGAAUUCGGAUGUUACUGUAAUACUAAAUGAGAUAACCGAAGACAAGAAAAAGAAAACAAAACGUUUUGUGGAAGCACCUGAUCAAGAAAAAGAGAUGCUUCAUCUUACGCAAGAGGACAUGCACAAUAAGCCAGAAACGCUUCGAUUGGAACAAGCGAGAGAAGAAGAAUUUUGUAAUUGGACUCCAGAUCCGGAUCCGAUAAAUCAAGGGGAAGAAGAGGUCUCACAUGAAACUUUUGUAGACUUGGAGCAACCAAUAGGCCGGAAAACCAAAAAGGACAAACGAAAGAGAAAAGAAAUAAUAGAUUCGGAUGUUAUUGUGAUCCUACAUGAGAUAACGGAAGACAAGAAGAAGAAAACAAAACUUUUUGAGGAAGCACGUGAUCAAGAGAAAGAGAUGCUUCGUCUCAUGCAAGAGGAUGUGCGCAUUAAACAAGAGAAAGUGCAUAUUAAGCGAGAGGAAGUGCGCAUUAAGCGAGAAAUGCUUCGGUUGGAACAAGCAAGAGAAGAAGAAAGAAUUAUGAUGUUAGAUACAAGUGGCAUGUCUGAAAUGCAAAAAGAAUAUUUUGAUCAACGAAAAAUGGAAAUCCUUGAAAAAUCGAAGUAGAAGUAAAUAGUGUAUUUUGAGCUGCAAUAUCUUUUAUUUUAUCAUGUCUCAACUCAAUUCAUUAAUUAAAUUACAUUAUCUUUAAUUUUAAGCCCA